UCAGGCGUAAAUUUAUUAGAUUUAAAAGGUCCAGUUUUUUUGCACGAGCCACCCCAUGUCGUGCUAUUUUCCAAUCAAACUGGAACACAUAUCGAUUGUGCGGGCAUCGGGUCGCCGCAACCAACGGUUGAAUGGUCGCCCUCCGUGAUGCAUCAAGACUUGGUCUACUUACUCCAGAAUGGCACUCUUAUCUUUUAUCCGUUCACAUCGGAGCAAUAUCGACCGGAAAUCCAUUCAGCGACAUACAGAUGUAAAUUGAAAAAUUUAGUAGGUGCCAUUGUUAGUAAGGAAGUUGUUGUAAAAGCGGUUGUUAGUCAAAAAUAUAAUGUGCAAGUGCAUGAUGAGUAUGUGAUGACAGGCAACACUGCCGUCCUCAAGUGUCAGGUGCCUAGUUACGUGCAAGACUACGUGAUUGUCACUGCAUGGCUGCAAGACAAUGGCAUGCAUCUCUAUCCAAACACCGAUAUCGGGGGCAAGUACAGCGUUUUGUCGAACGGCGAUCUCUACGUGAACAAUGCCGGCCCGAGUGACGCUUACAAGCAGUAUCAGUGUCGAACUGUAAAUAAACUAACAGGUGAAGUUCAACUUUCAACAUAUCCGGGACGUGUAAUAGUUACGGAGCCAAAAGGGCACGUGCAACCAAGAAUAAAUGUAGAGAAGCAUUCGUCGAGGCAAGUUGUGCUAAAUGGACAUAUCACGUUACCGUGCAUCGCGCAAGGGCAUCCGCCGCCUACUUAUCGUUGGUUCAAAGAAGACGCCGAGCAACUGUCUCCCCUUCAACUCAACGAUCGCAUUUCCGUCGUCUCCCCGGGUCUCCUGAAAAUCACAAAGGCCCGCCAAGAAGACAGCGGCAAGUACAUGUGUUGGAUCAACAACACUGCCGGCGAAGAAACCAUUCAAGUUCACGUGCAAGUCACUGCUCCUCUCUCGGCGCAUCUCCAACCGCAAGUUCAAACGAUCGACGUUGACAAAGACGCCCAAUUUCACUGCGUCACUUCCGGUUAUCCCAUCACCGAGGUCACGUGGUUUCACAAUGGCAAAAGCAUCACGGGCGACAAUCGCAUCGAAAUCUUGACGAAUCCGCCUCGUUUGAUAAUUCGCAAAAUGCAAAAGGAAGAUCAAGGGAUGUACCAAUGUUUCAUCUCGAACGAAUGGGAACAAGCAGGUUCUGUGGCAGAACUUCAAUUGGGCGACGCAUUACCGGAAUUAAUUUAUUGGUUCUCGGAACAAACUUUACAACCGGGCCCGACAGUUUCUUUGAAAUGUGUCGCUACGGGAAAUCCUCCGCCGCAGUUCACAUGGCAACUCGAUGGAUUCAAGAUACCCGAUAGUGCGCGUUUCCUCGUGGGACAGUACGUGACGAUGCAUGAUGAUGUAAUUAGUCAUGUUAACAUAACGCACGUGCAGGAGGAGGAUGGCGGCGAAUACACUUGUAUCGCUCACAACAACAUCGGAAAAGUAUCGCAUAGUGCGAAAGUAAAUGUUUAUGGCAAUCCAUUUAUUCGUGAGAUGCCCAAAAUUACGGGCGUUGCGGGCAGUGAUCUCGUCAUAAAAUGUCCUGUUGCUGGAUAUCCAAUCGAUAAAAUCCAUUGGGAGCGAGAUGGUCAAACGUUGCCAAUCAAUCGUCGUCAGCGUGCUUAUAACAAUGGAACUUUGGUAAUUGAACAACUGCAAAGAUAUGAGGAUGCGGGAACGUACACUUGUAUGGCUCAGAAUAAGCAAAAACUCACAGCACGAAGAAAUGUAGAGAUUCAGGUGUUGGUUCCUCCGAAAAUUAUGCCGAUUCAGGCGAUGACGAAUAUGCUGAGGGAAGGAAUGAGAGCAGCGAUUAGUUGUCAGAUUCUGGAAGGAGAUUUGCCGGUUACGUUUCGGUUUGAGAGGAAUGGAAAAGCGAUGCACGGGAUAAAUGGCGCUGAAGUAAUCCGUCGUCUCGACGAAUACUCUGCCAAUCUCGUGAUCGACAGCAUCACAUCCGACGAUAGCGGCAAUUACACGUGUUUAGCGACAAACAAAGCCGGCACAGACUCCUUUACAGUUCCCCUCACUGUCAACGUUCCUCCCAAAUGGGUUCUCGAACCGAAAGAUUCGAGCGCCGAAGCUGGUCAAGACAUAUCACUGCACUGCCAAGCCGACGGUUACCCGAAACCCGUGAUAAACUGGAAAAAGGCAAUCGGCACAACGCCCGGCGAAUACAAAGACUUCCUCUAUGAGCCAAACGUCUCGUUGCAUCCCAACGGAUCAAUUAGUUUUAAGAAAAUCUCCAAAGAAUCUCAGGGACAUUUUUUAUGCGAAGCCAAAAACAACAUUGGAACGGGCGUUAGCAAAGUAAUUUACCUGAAAGUGAAUGUAGCGGCGCAUUUUACAACGAAAACGAAACAAAUGUUUGUCACGAAGAACAAACAGAUCCACAUUCAGUGCAAUGUGCAAGGAGACUUACCGAUUGACAUCAAAUGGAAGUCUGAGAGUACGAAGCAUUACAUUGACGAGAGUUUAGAUUCGCGUUAUUCGAUCCGGAAUCAAAAGUUGGAUGACGGGAUGGUAUCAGAGCUUGGAAUAAGUCACACAUAUCGACAAGACUCGGGAAUUUACAUUUGUCAAGCGCACAAUGCUUUCGGGCAAGACGAAAUGGCGAUUCAUCUAAUCGUGCAAGAAGCUCCUGAAGCCCCGAAAAAUUUACGAAUCAAUUCGCAGCAAUCACGAAGUUUGCAACUUACAUGGAGUCAACCGUACGCCGGAAACAGCCAAAUCGAAGAAUAUCACGUUCAGUAUAAAAGCGCGGGAGACUCGUGGCAACAAAUCGAUCGUAUUGUUGUCGCCGGAACACAAACCAUGGUAAACAUCCAAAACUUGCAUCCCGCGAAAGCAUAUCACAUUCGCGUCUCAGCAGAGAACAAAAUCGGAGCAUCUGACUUUUCGGAAACAGUUCAAGUAACAACUCUCGAGGAAGUGCCUUCAGGUCCCCCCUUAAAUGUACAUGGCGAAGCUAAAAGCUCAACCGAAAUCUUCCUUCAAUGGGACGCUCCCGAAAAGGAACAUUGGAAUGGAAAUCUUCUCGGCUACUAUGUCGGAUAUCAAACCGUGAUCAGUAGUAGCAGCGAAGAAAUCAAUCCCACAGAAGGCUUCAGUUUCAAAACUGUCGAGCUUCGAUCCCAUUUCGGGGGUGAAACGCUCCUUCAAGGCUUGAAUAAACACACGCAAUACAACAUUGUCGUUCAAGCGUACACAAGUCAAGGCAGCGGACCUCCAAGUAAGGAAAUUGUCAUCGAAACUUUAGAAGAUGUGCCAAGCUCGGCGCCUGAAACCCCCAAAUGCGACGUUUUAUCGUCAACUUCAAUUUAUGUGACAUGGUCUCCGCCUCAUAUCGAUGGGCAAAACGGGAAAAUCAGAGGAUUUAAAGUUGCUUAUAUAUCAGCUGAUGAUUUGUAUGAAAAAGAUCCGCAUAUUCUGAAAACUACAAAUCAGUAUCAAACGAUUGAAAAUUUGCAAAAGUAUACGAAUUAUACGGUUUGGGUACUGGCUUAUACAAAAGUUGGCGAUGGGAUGAAAUCUAAACCGUUUUUCUGUACAACGCAUGAAGAUGUGCCAUCAGCUCCGUAUGAUAUUAAGGCGAUACCUGCUUCGAGUAAUAAGGUUAUUGUUUCGUGGCUUCCUCCGAAAUAUAGAAAUGGCGAAAUUAUCGGAUACACUUUCUACAUGUCAGUUGUCGACGGAGGUCGUGAAGAAAGCUCAAACAAACGCAUUUUGGGCGCCAAAACUGAAAUUUUCGAAACAACUCGUCUUCAAGAGCAAGCUACUUACUCAUUUUGGGUCACAGCAUCCACAAAAAUCGGCGAAGGCGAGAAAUCCAAACAAGUAACUGUUCUUCCAAACAACAAAGUUCCCGCGCGAAUUGUUUCCUUCAGUCGCGAGAUCGUGACGCCAUGGAAGCAAGAUCUCGUCUUUCAUUGUCGAAAAGUUGGCGUUCCUCCGCCCGUGACAAUUUGGCGCCAAGAUGGACAACCGCUCGAAACGAACAAUCGAAAAACCAUCGCGAAAAACGGAACUUUGUACAUUCGCGAUUGUCAAAAUACCGACGCGGGAAAUUAUUCGUGUAGCGUCGAAAAUACUUGGGGACACGAUGAGAUCUUGUACAGCGUAAAGAUCAAAAUUCCUCCUGCUCCGCCAACGUUAUCCGUGAUAGAAACUUACACCGAUAGUUUGUUACUUGAAUGGACUGACAAUCAAAAUGGCGGGAGUCCGAUUUUAGGUUAUGUGAUCAAUUACAAGCGCGAUAAUGGCGAUUGGGAAGAACUGCAGAUUGAGUCGAAGACAAAUUCGCAUCUUUUGAAUAAUUUGUGGUGCGGGACGAGAUAUCAGUUGUACAUAACGGCGUAUAAUAAGAUAGGAACGGGACUUCCGUGUGACAUUGUCAACUUUUAUACGAAAGGUUUGGCGCCAAUUCAACCAAAACACUCGCAAAUGCUGACGAAUAACUCGACAAGUGUGACUUGUUGGCUCGAUUCGUGGGCAGAUGGCGGAUGCGGAAUUUUGUAUUUCGUGAUUGAAUGUCGCCCGUUUGGAAGAGGACAAUGGAAUAUGGUUGCGAAUCACGUAGCGCCUACAGAGAGGAUUUUUUCGAUUACGGAUUUGCAGCCUUCGACUAAAUAUCAGAUUCGCGUAACAGCUCACAACAACGCUGGCUCAACAUCGGCUGUGUACAAUUUCACAACAAUGACUGUGCAAGGCGUAAUUUACAAUCCGGAUCUCCAAAAUCCCAUCCAACAUAUGGGCGAAAGUCCGUUUUAUGCUAAUAUGAAGGUACUUCUUCCGAUUUUGUUGUCGAUUCUCAUCUUGUUGGGACUAACGGCAGCUGUUUUGUUGAUCAGGAAACGAAAACUUACAAGCGCAAAUCGAAUUCCAUCGUCUUCGGUGUCAGAUUCUCCUUCGUUAGCCAAUUUGCAAAGCAAACACAAUCGAGAUCAGCAAUAUUUAGCAGUUCAUAUCCAGAAUGGCAGUCGAAAUAGCAACUCUGUGGGCUCAGAUAGUUACAAAGCGGAAGGAAAUGAAUACAUUGAAGAUAUUUGUCCUUACGCGACUUUCCAACUGAAUAAACAGACAUACAGUGAGAGCUCGUACAGCGGAAAUGUCUAUAGCGGUCCUUAUCACUCCGUGCGAGGGUCUUUCGUGUAUCACGAUGUCAAAGAUAAUUAUCAUACAAAAGAACCGGAAUAUACCAAAGUUCGUCGGAAGGGAGGGCGUUUACGAGAUCCACAUUCCGAGAGUCAAGAAUCGGACAAUAAUGCUGGCUCAACAGACUCCGAAGUGCGAAAAAUAUUAACACUUCAUAUACCAAUUACAGAAUACGAUACACUUGGCUCCGAAUCUGACAACGAAUUGCAAGCACGUGCGAUAAAUCAGGCCAGUUAUCGUGCGAAUAGUCAACAACAAGAAGAGACUUCGACUUCGUCAGAAAAUUCGCCAACAAGCUCAUCGCGAAAGCAUAAACCGUCAUAUCAGUCACGAAAAGCCUCGAAAUCCACGCAAAAUUUGUCGAAACGGCAUGUUAGAAGUUCGAGCGGGUAUUCGUCGCACAAUGAUGAGACUACGUUCAGCAUAGCAAACUACCCAAGCUACAACUCCCAAAUCAAUCCGCCGCCUCGCUUUUCGGAUCUCAUGGCUGCGGGACGUGCCGAAUCAAGUAAUCCCGAAAGCUCAAGCAAAAAAGGCAACAGUUCGCCCCGCAUUCGACCGGGACAGAAACUCCAAAGGGAAGCGUUUCAAAUAAAUGUUUAAAGAAAAAACAACAGAGACUGAGAAAGUAGAUUUUUUUCUAUGAAAAUUAAUUAAAAAAAUUUUAACAA